GUCACGGGAACCCCCUCGCUGAUAAAAAUAGAUCACAGUCUCAAUGGUAGCACUACUGUCAGAGCGUAGAUAUAUUUUUCGAGAACCCCGAACUGCUUUAACAGAAACACUAACGUAACUCAUAGGCUUGUUUAUCCUUUGAAGAUACAUUUCAAUUCAUCGCACAUUUGUCUGAAUGCCGCGAUUAGUCGCGACGCAUGAGGAAAUCAAAAUGGCGGACGAUGUCAGCGAUUUACCGGACGCUCUCAUAGCAACAAAUGUUGAAGAAAGAGUAUUUGAUGAUCUGCUAGAGAAGAAAUCAACAAUCCCCCUGUAGCAUUUUGGUUUGACCACAACCUGUGAGAUGAUCAUCAUUGGCGAACAGAGUUCAGAGACUGAUGGAACAGUUUGAGAACCUGUUUUGUGAAUUUGAUCCAAGUGUGACUUUUCAAUACCUCAAGAGCUUCCGCAGAGUUCGCAUUAACUUUAUCAGUCCCGAGCUGGCAGCAAAAGCACGAAUACACCUGCAUCAAGCUGAAUUUCUUGGCACCAUCAUCAAGUGUUACUUUGCUCAGGCCAAACAGACGACUUGUGAUGAUUCCCCACACCUGAAGCCCCCACCCAUGGAGAAGCAGUUCCUCAUCUCGCCCCCUGCAUCCCCCCCAGUGGGGUGGGAACAAGUACAGGAGUCUCACCCUGUCAUCAACUAUGAUCUCCUGGCAGCCAUUGCACAGCUAGCUCCUGGUGAAUCCCAUGAACUCCACCCACCAUCAGAAUCUCAACCUGGCAUCGUUGUCCACAUCUGUGAGGACCCAGAGGGUUAUAAUGACCCCAACAGACCUAGAAUAGUACAGACCCGACGACCGGAGGCGACUUGACCAUAGUGUGUGUGUAUCUUGUACAUCUGUUGUGUUCCUGACAGACCUGACAGCUCUUCACUUGGAAGACACAGGCUAACCAUUAACAGUGUUCAAAGAGAAAUGUGUUUGCUGGCCCAGGGCUUCGCUUUCUCUCGUCUUGGGCAGAUCAACAUUGUCCCUCACUUGGUUUUAAGGCCAGUACAUCUGAAACUACUGGACAUUGAAUUCUUGUUGAUCAUAACACCAUUAUGUAUUGUGUAUCAGCAUUAAUUACAGCUUACUCCAAUGUUGAACAUAUUGUCUUGGAAUUGUAACGGUUAUCUCAAAAAGUGUGUUAUGUGCUAUAUUGCCCGAGUAACUGGUAGCACUAUUUAUGCCAUUAUGACAUGCUUACUGGGUGCCAUACUGAUGCACUUGAGUCAUGGUAGAGGGAAUGUAAAGCUUGAGUAUCACAAUAUUUUGCUUAUGGAUAAUAGCAGUUAGUUUAUACACCCCAGUGUCAUGCAUAGAGGAUCACGGUAUUUGUUUAAUUAGCCAUUUCAUUAACUGAGAUGGGGUGAUUGCAUGUAUGUGAUAUAGAGAUUGCUACACGUUUGUCUGUCAGAUACCAUUGAUCUUACAACGAGUUAUCAAUGGUAUCUGACAGGCACGAGUGCAGUAAUCUGUUUCUUACACACCCUAAAAUCGCACCUUUUUAGCAUCAAAGUGAUGCAUUUUG